UGCGCUUUGGAUAGCGCUUUGUGUAGACGUGGAGUGUAGGAUUUCGCAUAAAAUACGCCAAAUAUUUACGUACAUUUAGUGAAAAACACGUGAAAAUGUCGGUAAAUCCUCCUUCAAGUAAAAGACAACCGCCCAGACAGCUGGUACACCAUGGUGGCCUUGAACUAGACGGAGAAAAUUCAAAAAGAGAACGAAAACAGAAGAAGCUGUACUCGGAGGACUGGGCGUUAGGCGAGGAAGAUAUCGAAGGACACCGAACGUUUAACUUGCAGGAAAAACUAGAAGAUGCUUCGUUUGCAUCGCACAACCUAGUCAAGGAAAUGCACGGAAACGAAUUGAAUGUGGCUUAUUUUCAGAGGCACGGAUUCAACACACCACUACUCUUCAAAGAAAAGACUGGAUUGGGUUUGAGAGUACCCACAACAAAUUUUACAAUAAACGACGUCAGAAUGUGUGUAGGGUCCCGUCGACUUUUAGACGUUAUGGACGUCAACACGCAAAAGAAUAGCGAAAUGUCCAUGAAGGAAUGGCAAAAGUAUUACGAGGAUCCCGAAAAAGACAAACUUUUAAAUGUGAUAUCGUUAGAAUUCUCUCACACUAAGUUAGAAAACUAUGUACAAAGUCCUACAGUAGUCAGACAAAUAGAUUGGGUAGACUGCGUAUGGCCUAGGCAUCUAAAAGAAAGCCAAAUAGAAGCUACAAACGUCCUAGAAGAAAUGAAAUACCCUAAAGUUCAAAAAUACUGCCUUAUGUCCGUCAAAGGUUGUUAUACAGACUUUCACGUGGAUUUUGGUGGGACGUCCGUGUGGUAUCAUAUAUUAAAAGGCGGCAAAGUGUUUUGGUUAAUUCCGCCCACAGAACACAAUCUAGAACAAUACGAACGUUGGGUCCUCUCCGGAAAGCAGUCAGACAUUUUCUUCGGAGAUACGGUAGAAAAAUGCGCCAGGAUUGUUUUACAGGAAGGCAACACGUUUUUCAUACCUACAGGCUGGAUCCACGCUGUAUAUACUCCUAAGGAUUCUUUGGUAUUUGGUGGAAAUUUUUUACAUUCAUAUGGAAUAGACAAGCAGCUAAAAAUCGCGCAAGUUGAAGAUGCCACAAAGGUUCCACAAAAAUUCCGUUAUCCAUUCUUCACGGAAAUGUUAUGGUAUGUACUAGAAAGGUACGUACACUGCUUAUUAGGCAAUUCUCACUUAACAACAGGUCAAGAUGCUCCUAUACCUCCAGACAGGCAGCAUAUACACCUAACGCAAGCCGAACUGCAUGGUUUAAAAGAAAUAGUAUUGUACCUCCACAUGUUACCAGCACAUAAGAAAAGUGUUCCGGAUUUAUUAAAGGACCCAAUAUCUUUGAUACAGGAUGUCAGGACACUCAUUGGACUUCACCGACAGGAUAACAGGGAAAUGGCAGUAACCGGGCGACCCGUUUUGACAGUUCCAGAAGACACGGAUAAUAAAUCAAAGAUACCUAGUGCCAGAGGACCUUACAAUAAAUCUAAUAUUACUAAACCAGGGAAACCGUCAGGCGUGUUUAAAGGACCUAGGGCACAUGGAGAAAAGGGUGGUCCUCGGCGAAGACGAACAAGAUGCAAAAAAUGUGAAGCUUGUCAAAGAAGCGAUUGCGGCGAGUGCAGUUUUUGUUUGGACAUGGUCAAAUUCGGUGGUCCAGGUAGAGCCAAACAAACAUGUAAUAUGCGACAGUGUUUGCAACCAAUGUUACCAGUGACAGCGGCGUGUUCGCACUGCGGACUCGAUGGAUGGAUGCAAACGCCCGUAACCCCUUUGCAGAAAGGUCCGCAGAGGUGCGAGAGUGCCAGUAAUUUAAUGGAAUGUUCGGUUUGUUAUGAGAUAGCUCACCCUCAGUGUGUCCAGAGACUGUGUCAAGACUUUACUGGUUAUAUAAAUGAAGACAUGCCAAAUUCUUGGGAAUGCCCGAUGUGUUGUAAAUUAGGCAAAAAUACAGACUACCGUCCGCGACACUUUCGCGCUCGUCAAAAAUCAUCCGACAUCCGGCGUAUGUCGAUUAGUUCCGACGCUUCUAGUGCUAUUGACAAUAAACACCACCAAGAACAAAUGUCAGAUUCGGGUAGUGACACAGAAGUUAAAGAUCAUAAAGAACUAUUACCGAUAAAGAAAAGGAGAUCUAGUGAAAGUGCAGAUAUAGAGACGAAAAAUGCAUCACCUGGCGAUCCACCAAGAAAAACGGCUUUUAGAAUGCAGCUAGCUCACCAAAUUGUUUCUAAUUCCACAAAAGUAUUAAAGAAACCCAUGGUAGUGGUCCGACCGGCACCCAUUAUGUCUCUAAACACGAUGUCCACAACUAACUUAGCGCUUGACAAACGUUGUAUAUUGCUGACAUUUCGAUAUAUGUCACCAAAAGAACUCCUAACAUGCGCUUUAGUUUGUAAAACAUGGGCAACAUUCACCGUAGAUCCUUCUUUGUGGAGGAAAAUGUCUUUCAAUAGAAAACACAUAUCGUCGGAUAUUUUAAAAGGAAUAGUGAGGCGGCAACCGGAAUGUCUUAAUCUAGAUUGGUGCCAUAUUAAUAAAUUCCAAUUGCCUUGGUUGAUCCAACGCUUAAGUCAACUCAAAGAGCUGUCGCUGGUCAGUGUAAACGUGAAAACAGCAAUUUCUUUAAAAUCUAACCAUUCCGCCGUACUUCAGUGUUUAGAUUUAAGCUUUAUCUCGGAUUUUAAUGAUUCAGCUUUAAGGGAUAUUUUGGGACCUAACAACGAUUCGCGUACAGGAUUGCCAUCAGCUAAGAUUCGUUUUAGGAAUCUUAAAGACUUAAAACUUGCAGGUACAGAUAUUACCGACAUCGCCAUGCGGUAUGUAACCCAGUACUUACCUAACCUGCAACAUCUUAGUUUAGGAAUGUGUCCCAGAAUUUCAGAUGCGGGUAUUGCCCAGUUGUCUACGAAACCGGCCAAUACUGUCACAAAUUUAAUUACCUUAGAUUUGAGUCAUUCAAAAUUAGUUACGGAAAAUAGUUUGGAACACCUUUCGAAAUGCGAAAAAUUAAUUACGUUAGAUUGUAGACACUCGUUACAGAUUUCUACACAAGCACUUAUCAAAUUUGCGGCUAAAAGUGAACAUAAUUUGCAAGUUAGGGAAAUCAAAUUGGUUGAUGUAAGGCAAAAAGAAAAGAAAUAGAUAUAUUAUACCUAUUGAUUAAACUGAGUAAAGUACGUAGUUUUCGGACGUUGGUUAGUUAGGCUGAAUUUGAGUUUAUUUUUCUAUUAUUGUUUAAUUCAAUUUCGACUAAAUUGAGUUUAAUUUUGAUAGGAAAGCUGUGAAAUAAUCAUAUAUUUGUAAUAUGAUCAAUUAAAAAUAGUUCACAGUUAUUACAAAUUAUUUUAUAGAUUGAAAAACUUUGUAAUAAAAUUCAUUGAUUAUUUUAAUUUACUAAGAUUUUGUUUUAUUAAGUGAUUUUGAUUAUUUGUUAUUUUUACUUUAUUAUUAUUGGUUUAAUACCAUCAAAAAAAGUUUUUAUUAAGAAAGAAAUUAAUAAAUUCCAGUAUGAUUUAAAAUCAGAACAUAUAUAAAUUAAAUGUGAAUAUCUUAUAAUUUUACAGUGGUUUAUGUCUGGUUUUAGAAUAUUAUGAUUGUUUUAAAUUUAUUUAUUCCAUUUUAGACGAAUAUCAACGUUUUAGAUUUUAUAGAUUGAGAAAUAACGGGUAAAUAAAAUUUGGCAAAUUAUUUCAUAGGCUCAAUAAUAAGAGGUACACUGUUAAGAGUCUAAAAUCACUUAUUUGUUAUAUUUGUUUAUCACCAUGUGCAAAUAAAAGUACAGAGAAUAUUCUACUUCUUUUUAAACAAAAUCGGAAUUACUUUGAAAACUAAAGCACUUACGAGGGGGGACUCAAAAAAAAAACGGAAAACCCGUCACAACGCCUUUAUUUCUUAAUAUUUUUACACCAAAUUUUGAUCACCUUCAAAGUAUUCUCUAUUGUCCACAACGCACUUCUCCAAACGAUCCUUCUACUGUUCAAAACAGUUAUUAAAUUCACUUAUCAGAAUGUUCUUUAUGCCUUCCAGCGAUUUUUGUUUUACCUCCUCCGCAGUGGUAAAAUGCUUUCAUUUCAUGUCCCUUUUGAGUCUGGGAAACAAAAAGAAAUCACAUGCGGUUAGAUUUGGUGAGUAGGGGGGGGGGGGACAAUCGGUGUCGGGGUCCUCUUUGAGCUUAUUUUGAAGCUCAAAAUAUGCCUGAAGUCGACGCUCCCUUUGCUCGUCUGUGAGAAGGCGGGGGACAGAUUUGUCUGCAACAUUUCUCAUAUGCAAAUCUUCGGAUAAAAUCAUCUGAAUUGAACUUCGUGAUGUUCCAGACAUCUCAAAGAGUUAAACAAUGGUUCGGCGACGGUCUUCGCGAACAAGCGCAUUGAUUUUAUCGACGUUUUCGUCACUUCUUGACGUUACGGGACGUCCUGAACGGGGUUAGUCUUCAAUUGACUUUCUGCAUUUUUACGUGAAAAUCACUCGUAUACUCUGGUUUUACUUAGGGCAGCGUCCCCAUAAGCAGUCUUAAGCAUUACAAUAGUUUGCGCGGCCGAUUUCCCCAACAGGAAACAAAAUUUCACAGCGGUGCGUUUCUCUCGACAAUUUACCAUCACGUUUUCACCAAAAUGGAAAAGGAUGUUUUUCAAAAAAACUCUCACUGGCGAACCGAUGCACUCACAGCGACACAACUUCGCACACUAACUCAAAUGGCGUGACCGUAAUGGACACCCGGUCCCCACUUUCCCUCUCCACCGCAACCCAUUUCCCGUUUUUUUGGGUCCCUCCUCGUAUUGCAUUGGAAGAUUUUAAAAUACCUUUUGAAUCCGGUAUCACAGUAAAAUAUUCAGGAUUGAUAAUCGGCCAUAACAACAUUGUAACUACCAAUUUUACAUUAUGCUGGGUUUACAUGGAACAACAUUUAAUAUUCUAAUACUAUCUAUCUUCAGAUGUUAUGAACCAGCCAAUUAAAUAAAAACAUGAAUAUAGAUGAAAACCCGUUUUAAAAUAUUUUUCUACAUUUUCCAUAAAGCUCGGUUAGUUACAACAUUGUUAUGGCCGAUCAUUCAAUUUUUAAAUGAACAUAGUACAUAAUUUGUAAUCUAUAAAAUGGAAUAAAUGAAAAUUUUAAUAGUUUUUGUAAUGUAAAUAUAUAAAGUCCUUUACAUUUAAUGAGUAAUUUGAAAUGAUUAAUAACAAGCUUUCUUUUUUAUCCCUUUUAUUAGAAUAACUUAAGAGAUCUUAAAACAUUUACUGGUACUUACUAUAUGAUGUUU